GCUCGAUUUUGGUUUCGGUUUGUUUCAUUUUAUCUUGUAAUUUAUCGAUUACUAUUGUUUGCCUGUUCCUUCUAUCCAUUCACUGGUCAUCGGAACAUGCAUGUCCUACUUGAAUCAAUUCUACCACAUGUUUACGGAGGCUUCCCCAAGUGCACCAUAAAUUGGUUAUGCAAAAGACAUUAAGUUCAAUACUUGUAUGCGGGCACUCAGGAGGGUUUCGUUUUCCUGGGUCGAUGUCAACGUCAUGCGAUCGCUACUAAAGAUAGAGUUUCCUUGGAAAAACCAAGGACAACCCCUAUCUCAGUCUCCUUUCUUUUAAAAGUUCGGGAGCGGAGCUUAAAAAGAUGGACAGUAACGAUCGCGUAAUAUCAAUUUAUUGGCCUCGUCAUUGAAAGCGGCUUCCAAUUGCUCGGAAAUUCUCAGCUAUAUGGGGGACUUUGAUGGUGAGCAAAAAGAAUUGAUCAAUAAAUUGGUAAACUUUCGCAUGAUCGAUGGUAAAAGAACGAGAGUUCGUGCUAUUGUUUAUAAAACUUUUCACCGCCUAGCUCGAACUGAACGCGAUGUAAUCAAACUUAUGGUUGACGCCGUAGAUAAUAUAAAGCCAAUAUGCGAAGUGGUCAAAGUAGGAGUCGCAGGUACUAUUUAUGAUGUUCCUGGGAUUGUAGCCAGGGAUCGUCAACAAACCUUAGCUAUUCGUUGGAUCCUUGCCUGUUGCUACUUUUUUUUUGCCAUUUAGUGAUUGGUUAAUCUGUACUGUACUGUACUUGUGCCUAUUUUUAUCUGUAAUUGUGCGAGAAUGUGCUAUCUUUGCCUUUUGAUUUCUCAAGGUGUAGAUGUAAAGUAAUGGC